AUGUCAUCGACAACAAAAUCGUUUUUAAUCAAAGAUAUUCUUUCGGAAAAUUGUGAAUCAACAUCUUCUGAUGAAAGCAAUGAUGAUAAAGAAAUGUUCGUAACGAAACCAAUUGAUCUUCGUCAAUAUUUUAAACAUCCAUUAUGUCCAGUACCUUUACGUCCAAGUUCUUUAUUACUAACAAAAUCAACAACAACAACAACAACACUACGUAAUGCAUAUCGUAUGGAUAAUGAUUUACAAAAUUCGCCACUGGAUGCUCUUUUUGAAAUGACGAAGAAAACAUUCGACAAAUCAAGUAUGAAUUCAUUUGAUUCGGAUGUUUCAUUAAAAUUAACACAUGAAUUGCAUAAAAGAAAACGACGUAAAAAUCGUACAGCAUUUACUGCUCAACAAAUCUAUGCAUUAGAAAAACGUUUUACACAUCAAAGAUAUUUAACACCAAAUGAUCGUGAUCAAAUUGCUAAUGAAUUACAACUUUCACCUGCCCAAGUUAUUACUUGGUUUCAAAAUAGACGUGCUAAACUUAAACGAGAUUAUGAAGAAUUGAAGAAUGAUGUAAAUGCAGCGCGAAAAUUACAAGCUAUGGGAGAACCUGUUGAUUUUUAA